CAAAUAGUUCAGCAGUCAUCAGCACAAAGUUCAGUGACCAAGUGGUGCAAGAAACACCAACCAGAGAGUGUGAGUUACAGGAGAGGUUUAUUUAUCAAAACAGAGUCCAGAGAAGUUGGGAGACCCCUGUAAGGAUUCUUUUCAGGACAACAGGUGGUGAAGGGCCACAUUUUUGAAGAUGGAUAAUCUAUUGCCCUGCAGUUCAUGUCUAAUGCUUAACUGAUGCUUCUUUAAUUCUAAGGUUGAUGAAACCGCAGAUGGAGUAUGCAAUGAAGUCCCUCAGCCUUCUGACUCCAUCUUCCCUCUCUAAGUGUGUGACAGCCAGCGCCUCCAUGACCCAUCAGCUCCUGUCUGGUCGGGGUCCUCGACCAAAGCCCUUUAGGGUCACUAAUGCUGAUCGCAGUGUGAAGAAGGGACUCAUGGCGGACACGCUCGAGGACUUGAUGAACAAGACCAGCGACUCGUUCAGUGUGCCAUGUGUCAGCGCUCUGCUGCUGGAUGAAGACGGCACAGGGGUGGACAGUGAGGAUUUUUUCCAGACCCUGCCUGAAAACGCUGUCCUCAUGGUGCUGGAGAAGGAGCAGAAGUGGACCCCGAAUACACUCAACCCCUCCAAAGAUCAGCUCAGUGAGUGCAGGCCGCAGAAUAGGACAGAUGUGGCGAAGCUGACUUUUGACCUCUACAAGAACAACCCCAAUGAUUUCAUCGGCUGCCUCAACGUGAAAGCAACCCUGUAUGGAGCUUAUUCCUUGUCCUACAACCUGCGCUGCUAUGCUGCAAAGACGAUGCUUAAGGAGGCUCUGCGAUGGACCAUCUUCUCCAUGCAGGCUACAGGCCACAUCCUGCUGGGCUCCUCCUGCUACAUCGAGCACCUGCUGGAGGAGGACGAGCGAGUGGAGAACGGCCUUACGCUGCCACAGGAGAGCAGGAUCAGCCAGCUGCAGGGGAUGCUGCUGGGGAAGAUAGCCCACUGGUGAUGCACAGGAGCUGACAACGGUGCAGGAAACACAUUAUCCCCUCUUAGACAAAAUGUAGAUGAAACAGCUGAUCUCUGCCUGUGUAUGUAAUCUACGUAGUCUGCAGACUUUUCAGAUUCCUUCCUUGGUCACUUUUGCUCUGUUACAUUUCAUUGCCACAUAUGUAGAUACAAGUUUUACUUGAGAAAGCACUUUUACUCACUGCUGUGUAACUUUACCUUUUAAAGAUUAAUUAAACUGACACUUUUUAUUUUCCAAAUUA